UUAGUAAAAAAUUUGAAAACCCUAAUUAGAGCCUCCUCUCUUGCUCUGAUCUCUCUCCACCGCCGUAUCGCAUCUCUAUUCUCCGAUAUCUUCCAGAUCGACGACUGCUGGUCUUUUUUUUCUCCCAGUGCUACAGGCUACGGCGAGCUGUUGUUGCUCCUGCUCGACGCCAUCGCGAGCUGCUGCUGCUCCUGGUUCAAAAGGAGCCACCGCGACGUGGCUUGGCAUGAACAGAGAAUACCCGGAACCGGUGAUAUAAUACAAAUUCCGACUAGGUUCUGAUUUUAAGUCUAAGUAAGGGAUAAAGCAUCUUAUCCCCAAUUAUGGUUGAGCAUGACCUGCCAGUUCAAGUCGGCCAGCUAGCGGAGUCGAAAUCUUUUAUUCACGGCUUUCGUGGUGCUUGGUUCCGUUGCAAGGUACAUAAGAUUACAAGAAGGAAUGGCGACCCAUAUGUGCAUUCGAAAUAUUAUGAUUUUCCAGAUGAAAAAAUUUUGUCGACGAAAUUGUACCAAACUAUUCCGUCAGUUAAACCAAAAAAACAGCAAUUGAUGGUGCGCCCGCGCUUCCCCCCUGUAUAUCGCAAGAGCGAGAAGAUCAAUAUUGAUAACAUCUCUGAAGUGACGAUUAUUGCUGAAGAUGAGUGGAAGGAGGGAGACUUGGUUGACUGGUGGAAAGAUAACUGCUAUUGGUCUGGACGUGUGACUAAAAUACUGGACAAUGAGAAGGUUCAGAUAGAGUUACCCCCUCCUCCAGAAGGUGAAGGAGACACAUGGGAUGCAUACUCAAAGGAUCUGCGCCCUUCUCUAGAAUGGUCUCCAGAAACUGGUUGGACCUUGCCAACCAUAAAGGUUGGUGAACAUAAUCGCCAUUUUGCUCAGCUGAUCAAGCCUGUUAAUGAAGGCAAACCUGUUCAUCUCCGUGCUGCACAUGAAGUUCAGAAGAACACUAAGCUAGCAGCCGAAGGUCCUUGGAGCACUACUAACUCAAGAGGAACUCUCGAACCUUCUGGUUCAGGGGUUCAAAAGACCCGUUCCUCUGACACCGUUUCUGGCUUUGAUAUCCAAGAAGGCAAGGAGAAAGAAGCUGCAGCAGCAUUGGAAGAAUUGAAAAGUGAGAGCACAAUACGCUUAAAUUCGAUGUUCUCCAACACAAUAGAAGAUGCCGUAUUGGACUUGGAGACUCUCGCUACCUGUGUCAGAAUGUUUCAGGAUAUCCUUGACUCUGGAGUGCUUCCUGAGACUGGUCAAUUCUCAUUGAAGAUUCCAAAAAGACGUGCACCAUCUAUGCCAAAGUGAGCCCUUUGGAUAAGGGUUUUCAAAGUUCGUGGUUAUCUAGCCGCCAACAUUGAUUUUAUGAUUUGGUGUUUAUGGUCAAUGCGUCUUUGUCCCAAAUUUCAUCACUGUAUUCUCUUCACUGCAGAUGCUAUCCUUGACCUGUAAUGCCGAUAUGGACCAAAAUAGGUCCUGUAGUUACUGAUUUUCUCUUUGCAACACAUUCGAUGCACAGUUGGUGAGCUUUACCAGCCUUUUAUGCUUAACUGUCAGGUAUCGCAUUAUCAAUCUUUUUGUGGUCAACGGUGGCGUGUAUUAUGUUGUUUUCGUAGGUUUAUAUGUGAAUUUGGCUGGGUUUUUUGUUUGAUUAUAAGCAAUUGUGAAGGAUCUGUAUAACAGAAACUGACAUACUACGAAAGAACUAUCAGCCGGGCUCUGUUUUUGUAUCGCCGCCCUGCCAGAAGAGCUUUUGUACUAUGUAGUUACGUUGUAGCCAGUGAAAGAUGCAAAGUUGUCAGCCUUGUGUUUUGACUGCUGAAACAAACUGUCUCAAUAAAUGUAUGUGUUACACUUUGCUUGGUGUAGAGUG